AAUAGCUGCUGCUAUCAAACCAUUUUGUGAUGUGAGAAGUUUUAUUGCGAUUUUUGUUUUUAGACAAGUGGGGAAACUACAAUAGUUUAAGACGAAGACGGUGAACAACAUGAAACCUCGUCCUUGAGGAUGCACAAGGAAACCGGGGGAAGACGACGGCGGAAAACGAGGAUAAACGUUGUUGUUUUUCAUGGUGGAAAUCUCUAACGGGGUCAAAUAUUUGCAGAAUUGUCUGUUUUUGUGCAGGACAGCUGUGAGAAACGUGUCUCAACAUCGACUCUGGUGAAGAGGAAACCCUUUGCAGUUGCAGCUCCUGGAGUGCAUUGAUAUCCGGCAUGGAUACUUCUUAACGAAAGGCAGAUUCAGAGAGCUGUAUUAGGAAAACCACGGAUGAUGCAAUGUAUACACCCAAGAAUCUGAAAAGACCCUGCAGAUACUUCUCUGAGCUGCAAGCAAAAUUUGUAAAACAGAAACUCCCAAGCGGAGCAGGGAUGGAUCAGACGACUGGCCUUCAACCCGAUGACCCCAGAGGGUUCAAUACGGUUCCCCCCAUACCUGCACCGCCCACAUCACUGAUGCAGACAGAAGACAAGAAAGACUUUGUUUUAUCUGGGGAUGUCCAGCGCCCGUCAGUGACGACACAGGAGGUUCCUCCGAUCUUCGGUCAGGACCAGCAGCCCCCUUACUCAGUACGCAUAAAGGAGGAAGUGGAGGAGCUCUGGACCAGUCGGGAGGAGGAGCCGGUUCAUGGAGAGGAGGAGACUGAUGACAGCAAUUACCCAUUUAUUGUUGUUACUGUGAAGAGUGAAGACGAAGAGGAGGAGGAGGAAGAGGAGAAGCCUGGGUCCUCCCAGGUUCAUCAGAGCAGUACUGUUGGUAACAGCGAGGCAGUGUCUCCAACCAGCAACUCAGGCAAACGGAUGAAAACUGAAACUGCUGGCGAAGACUGUGAAAGACCAGAACCAAGCAGUAGUUUAAAGGUAAAUACUGAUGACAAGGCUUCAGGCUCUUCAGACGCUGAAGUCGGCGAUGGCGAGUAUCAGCAGAAAUCCUCAGAUUCUGAACCCGAAACAGACGACAGCAAUGACGACGACUGGAAGGAGACCAGCGCGCCUCAGUCGGGUGUAAACGGCGACCAAGGCGGUAAGGGCACUGAGAAAUCCUUCAUAUGCGCUGAGUGCGGCAAAACGUUUCAGUACAAGCAGUCUCUCAGGAGGCACAUGCUGAUCCACACGGGAGAGAAGCCUUUCGCCUGCAGUGAUUGCGGAAAACGGUUUUAUGAAAAGACUUAUCUCAAAGAGCACAUGGUGGUCCACACCGGAGAGAAGCCUUUCACUUGUGCCGUCUGCAGCACAAAAUUUAGCCGAAAGAAAAAUUUGAAGGAACACAUGAAAAUCCAUUCUGGGGAGAAGCCGUUUGCUUGUAAAGUUUGUGGGAAAAAUUUCAACCGAAACGCAAAUCUCAAGACUCACAUGAAAAUCCACACGGGAGAGAAGCCUUUCGCCUGCGAGGUUUGUAGAAAAAGUUUCAAUCAAAGCACGUAUCUGAAGAUACACAUGAGAUUCCACACCGGCGAGAAGCCGUUUGCUUGUCCUGACUGCGGAAAGAGAUUCUAUCAAAAGACUUAUCUCAGGGAGCACAUGACGCUCCACACGGGAGAGAAACCUUUCGCCUGUGAUGUCUGCAGUUCAAGUUUUGGCCUAAAGAAAGAGCUGGAACUGCACACGAGAAUCCACACCGGGGACAAACCGUUCGCCUGCGACGUCUGCGGAAAAAGAUUCAACCACAACACUUAUCUAAGGACUCACAUGAGGAUCCACACGGGAGAGAAGCUCUUCGACUGUGACUUCUGUGGGAAAAAGUUUAACAGACACACAAAUCUCCAGGCCCACCUGAGGGUCCACACGGGCGAAAAACCGUUCGCCUGCGAGGUUUGCAAUAAACGGUUCAACCAAAAGACUUACCUAAAGAUACACAUGAGGUUCCACACCGGCGAGAAGCCUUUCGCCUGUAACGAGUGUGGGAAGAGAUUUUAUCAAAAGACUUACCUUAGAGAGCACAUGACGGUACACACGGGAGAGAAACCGUUAAGCUGUGACGAAUGUGGGAAAAGGUUUUACCAAAAGACGCAUCUAAAGGCACACAGGAGAGUCCACACGGGGGAGAAACCUUUCGCCUGUGACGUUUGCAGCACGAAGUGUAGUCGAAAGGAAGAUCUAAAAGUUCACAUGAAAAUCCACAAAGGUGAGAAGGCGUUUGGCUGCGAAGUUUGUGAGGAGAGAUUUUGGAAAAAGUCCGAUUACCGGACACACAUGAAGGUCCACGCCGGAGAGAAACCUUUUAUUUGUGGCGACUGUGGUAAAAGGUUCAGCCAGAAAACACAGCUCAAGAAACAUGCGAAAAUCCACUCGGGGGAGAAGCCUUUUGCGUGUGACGAUUGUGGAAAAAAGUUUACACGAAACUCAAAUCUGAAGACUCACAUGAGGCUCCACACCGGAGAAAAGCCGUUUCUGUGUGGCGACUGCGGUAAAACGUUCAACCAAAGCGCGUGCCUGAAGAUGCACAUGAGAGUCCACACGGGAGAGAAGCCGUUCUGCUGCAGCGAUUGCGGGAAAUGUUUCAGCCAAAGCACCCGUCUGAAGAUCCACAUGAGGGUCCACACGGGCGAGAAACCUUUCGCGUGCAGCGAAUGUGGAAAGAGGUUCAGCCAAAACACACUUCUGAAGACCCACAUGAGGGUCCACACGGGGGAGAAGCCUUACGGCUGCGAUGUUUGUGGAAAACGGUUCACCGUUCAUGGCAAUCUGUCAAAGCACAUGAUCGUUCACACCGGAGACAGUCCGUACAGCUGCGGCAGAUGUGGCAAAAGGUUCAGCCAGCAGGACAAACUGUUAAAUCACCUGAAGACCCACUCGGUAAAAGAAGUUGCUGAGGUCAAACCUGAAGACGUGGCCGUCUGAGCUUCCUUGCAGAGUUUCAAGUCCAGUCUGACUCUCAUCUCCUUGACCACCAGCAUAUUUGAAGUUUACACUCUAGCCAGUUUAUUGAGGUAAAGGUAGUACAUUUAUAUUUCUACGUCUCUUUAGCUACCUAGAGAUGAUCUUUCUGUUAAUUGGUGCUAUGCGAGGAAUAUAAAUUGGAUAAAAAAGAUCAGCAUUCAUCACAGCUGCGGGAAAAGGUGGUCUGGUGCUGUCCGACGGAGGGAGAUUCUGUCCAAUCUGUUUAUAAACGUUAUUCGCAACAAGAUCCUCCUUGAUUAGGCUGAAAACUUGUAACACUUACCGUUCCUGUUACAGAUGAGAAGAAUUGUCUCUUGACUCUUUAAACACUUCAAGGUCAAGGAGUUCAGCACAUUUGGUAACCGUCCAUCACAGUCACGUGAUCGCUCAUCGCCUCAGACUGCAGUCCGUGUCCAAACACACUAACAAGGGUUCCCAUCCGGUCCUGAUGAUUUGAUUUGAGUGUUUUCUAGGUCUGGAUAAGUACAGAGAAAAGAAAGCUUGAGGGGGGAAAAAGACACUUUAAUUUCAAGCCCACAUAACUUUAUUUCCUAAAUGAUGA